AUGCCUUUCGGAUCGAAGAAGAGCGACCAGGGAGACCUCGACUCCAAAAAGUCCUCCCUUUUUGGCAAAAGCAGCAGCAAACUCUCCAAAUCCCCCCAGCCGCCUACGAACAACCCCUACGCCGUCCCGGCGCCGUCCAACAACCCCUACGCCUCGCAGGGCAACAACGCCAAUCCCUAUGCCACUGCAGCUAGUGCCAACGACCCCUACGCCCGAUCACAGUCCUCCCUCACCCAGCCGCCCACCUCGUCCUUUGGAAGCUUGACUCUGCACAGCGACUCCGGCUUCCCGGACGAACGUCAAAGUCAGCAACCUCCCAAUCGAUAUGAAAAGUCCCCCGGCCCUCCAGCAGGGUAUGGUGGUCCAUCAGCCCGGUUUCAGGCCGGUGGCAGCUACGGGCAAGGAGGCGGAUACGGCAGUGAUCCGUACGGCAAUGGGAACCCCCAGCAAACCAGCAGGCAGGGAGGGUAUGGCGGGAUGGGGCGAAGGAACAGUCAAGACACCAUAAGCACCGACGCCGGCCGCAACGCCCUGUUCGGCGACGCCCCGAAACGAGCCGCCCAGCCUGCCCCCACCUCCGCGCAGCCCUACGGCACCAGUGGCGAUGCCAGCUACUCCAAUGCAGGCGGCUACGGUUCCAGCGACCUGCACGGCGGCUACGGCAGCCCCGCCCCGGACCGCGAGCUCACCGCCGAAGAGCAAGAGGAAGAAGACGUCAACGCAAGCAAGCAAGAAAUCCGCUUCAUCAAGCAGCAAGACAUCUCGUCGACGCGCAACGCGCGCCGCAUCGCCGAGCAAUCCGAGCAAAUCGGGCGCGACACGCUCGCCCGCUUGGGCGCGCAGGGCGAACGCAUCCACAACACCGAGCGCAACCUCGACCUUGCGUCCAGCCAGAACGUGCUGGCGGAGGAGAAGGCGCGCGAGCUCAAGACGCUGAAUCGCAGCAUGUUCGCCGUGCACGUCGCGAACCCCUUUACGGCGAAGAAGCGCGAACAGGCGGCGAAUAAUCUUGCGCUGGAGCGGAAUAGGCAGGAGCGCGAGACGAGGGAUGCCACGCAGGCGGCGGCGUUUAGCUCUACUGCUAGGGCGGAGCGGCAGGCGAGGGACCUGAAUGGGAACUUGAUCCGGCCGGGGGGCGCGAAGAAUUUGGCGGAGCGGGCCAAGUAUCAGUUUGAGGCGGACAGUGAGGACGAGGAGAUGGAGAAUGAGAUUGAUGAGAAUUUGGAUGCCAUUCAUCGCAGCGCCAAAACUCUUAAUGCGCUCGGAAAGGCGAUGGGAGAGGAGAUUGAGAGUCAAAAUAGGCAUUUGACUCGUGUCAUCGACAAGACGGAUCGGGUGGAUGAUCAGAUUGCCGUCAACCGCGCGCGGCUGGAUCGCAUUAGAUAG